AUGGAAAUUACCGGCCAGCCAGACGGGCCACUGUGGGCCAACUUUGCGACCACAUCUUGGGAUUUCAGGAGUGCCAAUAAGCACUACCAGGACCCGCGCAUCCUCCUGGUCGCUCUUCCGCCGGAACUCGAUCUCAACCGACCGCCCGGCAGGCCCCGACUCACUGCUCACCAGACUCACCACACCCGCCGCACUGCCCCUCUCCGGGCCGGCAGUACUCUCGAGCGACCUGCGCCAGACCCACUCCUCAACCGGCUCGGCAAGUCCGUCCACGAGCUCUCCGCCCGCGAUGCCGACCCCGACCCCACGCCCUCGGUCCCGCCCAGACUGGUCGUCGAAAGCCCCUCCCACGACGACUCCCCGCCUGCUGUCCCCUUCGACUUCAACCUCUUCCUCGAACACAUGCGCUGGCCCCACGCCGAACCCAUCGCCAAAUACCUGCGCUCGUUCCUCAAAGAAUUCACCAAACGCGCCACCCAUCCCUCCAAGACCACCGGCGUCGCCGAGCAGGUCAAGGUCGUCAACGACUUCCUCGAUUUCAUCAGCCUCAAGAUGCGCGAGAUCCCCGAUGGACCUUGGGAUCCACGCACAUGCAACGAAGCCGAGUUCGACAAUGCGGUGGAGGCGAUGGAGAAGCUAGUGAUGAACCGGGUCUGGCAUCUGACCUUCACGCCGGCCUUGACGAACACACAGCCCUUCCAAACUGACGACCUCGAGCGGGACACGGUGCUGUCGCAGAAAAUGAACCUGUUCAGCUGGCUGACCGACCGCCAUCUCGACCUCAGUCUGCCCCCCGACGAGGCCGACGGCUUCCUCGAGUUCGCCAAGACCGAGCUGCUCAAGAUCAACUCCUACAAGGCCCCGCGUGAUAAGAUGAUCUGUAUCUUGAACUGCUGUAAAGUCAUCUUUGGAUUGAUUCGUCAUGUGGACAACUCUGAAGGCGGCGCAGACACCUUCAUCCCCAUCUUGAUCCUGGUCGUCCUCCGCGCUCAGCCGAAAACGCUCAUCUCGAACCUCCAAUACAUACAAAGGUUCCGGAAUCCGGACAAGAUGCAAGGCGAGAACGGAUACUACAUGUCGAGCCUGAAUGCGGCAGUGUCGUUUAUCGAGCGACUCGAGCACUCGGUGUUAUCGAACAUCACGCAAGAAGAGUUCGAGCACAAUGUCGAGCAAGCGAUUGUGCAGCUGCCGCGGUCGCCGACGCAAGAGACGCGAGUCUCAGGGACGUUGGGCAGUCUGGUCUCGCCGACGAAGGAGGGCAGCGCGGUGUCCGGGCCGAGAGCGGAGGGCGGGGGGAUGGCGGGGUCGACGUCGUUGCCGGACAUGACGCGGACGUGGCUGUUCACGACGGUGCCGCAGCUGGCGGAGAAAGCGGUGAGCAAGCCGCUGAAUGCGAUCGCGCGGAUCGUGGACGACCUGGCGUCGUCGGAGCCGGACGAGGGCGGGCCAGGGCCGGGCGAGCGGCACGGGCUGCGCCGGGCCAGCUCGUCCGUCGACGUCCAUCCCUCCUCGCCCAUCGACUCGGGAGACCCGGCCCGGCGCGGCAGUCGGCGGAGGGGCGGAAGACCGCGGUCCGCCGACUCGCCCCGCGCGCGCAGCGCCGACCUGCCCCCCCACCCCUCCUCCGUCCUCCCCGCACACGGAAAGGAGAAACUCGCGCCCCCGCCGGCCGACCCCCGCCCCGGUGUCCAGACAGACAUCGACAAGGUCGAGAGCCUCAAACGCGCCGAACACGCCGCUAAGCUCGACACGCUCGCGGCUAUCUUCCCCCAGCUCGAGCCCGAGUUGCUCGAAGUCGUGCUCAUCACCCAUCGCGGGAUCAUCAGCAAAGCGAUCGACUCCCUGCUGGAAAUGUCCUGA